AUGAACGACAACGAGACUGUAGCCGCGGUUUUGGAGACCACGGCGACACGCAAAAUGAAUGGCCAUUUACCCAAUGCCGUCGAUUUAUCGCAUCACUUGAAUUUGCUAUCCCGCUCACGACACCCUAGCCCGCUCAAGGAUAUAAUCAAAUUCAUGGGCUACGAUGGCAUGAUCAGUCUAGCUGGAGGCCUCCCACAUCCAUCUCUGUUUCCCGUGUACGAUGCAUCGUUCACUGUGUCGGCGCCAUCGCCAACGGCGGAUAGCCUUGAGAUUAAAUUGUCCAACGACUCGGGGGAAACGCCGCCACUGUCCAAAUUCCUUCAAUACGGAACAUGCACCGGUAAUGCCGAGUUGCGACAAUGGUGUCUCGACUUUACACGGCAGAUUCACCGUCCAGCCUACAAGGACUUUGACGUGCUCCUGCACCCGGGCAACACCAAUGCCUGGAGUAAAGUGGUCGGCUUGUUGUGCGAAAAGGGUGACUAUAUCCUGUGCGAGAGCUACACGUACCCAUCGUCGCAGGCCUUGUGGAUUCCCAAUGACAAUUUUGCGGCCCCCGUGGCCAUGGACGGCGAGGGCAUCACGGACACGGCCCUCGAGGAGAUCUUGUCCACGUGGGAUGCGACGCACCCCGGCGUUAAGAGGCCGCAUGUGCUGUACCUGGUCAGUGUGGGUUCGAAUCCGACGGGUGUAUCGAUGGGCUCUGAAAGACGCCGGAAAAUCUAUGAAAUCUGCGUCAAGUACGAUGUCAUAAUUGUGGAAGAUGACCCAUACUACUUUCUGCAAUACCCAGAAAUUGAUACCUCGGGGACUCCCACCGAGUACACCUCGACAAGCAACAAAGAGUUCCUCUCGUCGCUGGUCCCCUCAUUCCUACGCUUCGACCGACAGGGUCGCGUAAUCCGUCUCGAGUCCUUUAGCAAAACACUGGCACCGGGCCUGCGACUGGGCUACUUUGUCGCCAACCCGCUGUUCACGGAGCGCCUGCUGCGCGCCACCGAGGUCGAGACGCAGGACCCGUCGGGCCUGUCGCAGGCUCUGGUGCUGGCCCUGCUCACGCGCUGGUCGCGCGACGGCUACAUUACCUGGCUGCAGAAUCUGCGCCUCGAGUACCAGCGUCGAAGGGACUGGAUGGUUGCCGCGCUGCGCAAGAGCUUUGACUUGGCGCCCGCGUCCGAGUAUCCAGAGCUAUCGGGGGCAGAGGGAGGACUGGUGGCUGCAAUCCUCGGCCCGAAUGGAUCUAGAGUCCCCGUCUUUAGCUUUAUCGCCCCGACGGGCGGCAUGUUCAUCUGGACAAAGUUUUACUUUGGUCACAACGCCAAGUAUCUGGCGCUCAAGAACGCCGCGGUCGAGGUGGACCCUGAACAGAUCUUUGCAAACAAGCUUUGGGCUGAGCUAGCCGAGGAGCGCGUGCUGUUGACGCCGGGAUAUUAUUACCACCCGUGGCAGGGCGCAGACAAGACCAGCACAACUGCGCGUGGCGCUGAUCCAGAUUCGUCGCACUUUCGACUGGCCUUUUCCAUGACUACGAAAGACGAUAUGGAAUUGGGUAUCGAGCGAAUGGCGAAUGUGAUUCGGAGAUCGUGGUCGCCAUGA